GAGCACCGCUUUGCUACAUCACCGUCGGGAAAAAUUUUACUACAAUCCGGCGAUUUGAGUUCCCUCAGGGGUAUUUUUCUUAUCGGCUGCGGCUGACCUAGCCUCGGGACAAAUUCCCAGAUAUUCUGUCCAGAAGAGUCGAUAUCGGGCGGACACGGUAUGGGUAGCAGCGCAUUCGGAGAGGUCGCGUGGUUUGUGGGUAUUUAUGGAGAAUAACGGCAGUUAGGUUUCCCAAUGUUGACUAGAUACACUCACGGCUCUUGGAGAGUUGGGCGUGAUGGGUGAAGAUACCCGUGAAAGGCCACCUGAAGGGUGAUCUGAGAAGGAGCACAUGGCAGACAGGAGGGGGGGGGAUGAAAAGAACAGGAAUGGGAAAAUUAUCACCCUUCGGAGAAGGUGGAACACCUUGCAAGAGUUGUUUACUUGUACUCAAUGUUGGCUCAGGCUAAGGGUGAAGAGAAUCGACUCUCGUCCGGCGCGUUUCCCCCUCGCUCGUGGAAUCCGUUUGCGGAAGGGUAUUCGCGCCAAUAGCUCACCUUACUCAAAUAGUCUCCAGAGCAGGGAGGAGACAUACCGGUAUUUGCAUAUGUAUCGGAGAGUGCCCCUCUUACUCGCAUUCCGCUGCCUACCCCCUUCCCCUAAUCGCCGUUUCGGCCUUGCUUCCUUGCACUUUUAUAUCAAAUUAAAGACUUAAGGAUAAUAUGGAGAAGGAAGUAAAGGCUGGACAGUGAGUGCUGAGCCUUUUCCUGCGUAAUUUGGGCUGGUUAUUUGAAUUGACCUCCUGAAAGGUUUCACGGAGAAACUCUAGCACCGGUUUGCUCCCGAGACGCUCCCAGCGGAUCUCCAACCAAGAACGAACACACUACGGAAUCGGUACAAUCUGACGAUGACCAGCCGACGGAGGAGGAACUGAAUGCCCUUCCGAGAGUUUCUGAUAAUAUUCCGAUGGGCGCGUACCUUGUUGCCUUUAUUGAAUUGACAGAGAGGUUUGCUUAUUAUGGGCUUUCUGCAUGCCUCCCUCCCCUAGUCUGACUUUGCGAGGCAUGUGGGACUGACGGGUUGAAGGCGCCAUUCCAAAACUACAUUGAGAACGAAAAAGACGAUCCAUUGCUGCCUGGUGCAUUAGGUUUAGGCCAGAGCUCGGCUACCGCUUUACAAUACUUCUGGCAAUUCUGGUGUUAUGUCACGCCAGUUCUUGGUGCAAUUGGUACUCCACUGCUCUUUCCUAGUUCCUCAAAUCUAAUGUCUACUACUGACCGGCGUUAAAGUUGCCGAUCAAUAUAUCGGCAAAUACAACACAAUUAUGGUCUUCGCUGGGAUCUAUGCCCUUGGCCUUCUUGUCCUCGUUACGACCGCAAUUCCUGAAGCAAUUGAUGGCGGGCAUGCUUUCGGCGGCCUAAUUGCAUCAAUCCUAAUAAUUGGGCUCGGAACCGGUGGUAUAAAGGCAAAUGUUGCCCCCCUAAUUGCAGAGCAAUACCGUAGCCGCGGCCCCUUUAUCCGAACCCUAAAAAGUGGCGCCCGAGUGAUUGUUGACCCGAACGUUACUAUCCAACGACUGUACAUGGUCUACUAUUGGUGUAUCAACCUGGGUUCGUUAUCUGGCAUCGCAACCGUAUACUUGGAACUCAAAGUGGGGUUUUGGUCGGCCUAUUUACUGCCGUUCUGCGUGUUCUUUGUGGGGAUCUUCACUCUCGUCGUUGGGAGGAAAUAUUAUGUCACCGCCGUGCCACAGGGGUCAGUCAUUUUGUGUGCCUUCAAGGUUUGGUUGAUUGCACUGAAGAAUAAGGGGAAUAUGGAGGUUGCAAAGCCGAGUUAUCAGGUUGCGAACGGGAGGAGGUAUAAGACGCCGUGGCCGGAGGAAUUUGUCGAUGAGUUGAGGAGAAGUUUGGUUGCGUGUAGGGUGUUUGUGUUUUAUCCGAUAUAUUGGGUUUGCUAUGGACAGAUGGUAUGUCAACCUGUUUUCGCCGGGGAACUUAGUGUGGCUAAAGAUUUUCAACAGAUAAGUAACUUUGUCUCCCAAGCCGGAACAAUGGAAACCCACGGCAUCCCUAGUGCAUCUCCCCCUCUUCCCCCCACUUCCCCCCCCUUGUACUGACUACGCACCUCAGACGAUGUCAUCCUCAAUGUCGGUGCCCUAACAAUCAUCAUAUUCAUUCCAAUAAUGGAGCGCGUAGUCUACCCGGCACUCCGGACAAUCGGCAUCAAAUUCAAGCCCAUAACUCGCAUAACCUGGGGGUUUUUCUUUGCCUCGGGAGCAAUGGCCUACGCUGCGGGCUGCCAAAAGAUGAUCUAUGGCGCUGGUCCAUGCUACGACAAUCCCCGUGGAUGUCUCAAUGGGGCAGUGCCGAACCGCGUGCAUGUUGCAGUCCAAGCUCCGUCAUAUGCUCUUAUGUAUACACCCCCCGUUUGUUCUCAAUUCACCUAAGGGAGAAGGAAAAGCCAACGUGUAAAUUAUUUAGCGGAAUUUCGGAAAUUUUUGCCUCGAUAACGGGUCUCGAAUACGCCUACACAAAAGCGCCGACAAACAUGAAGUCUUUCAUAAUGUCAUUGUUUCUCCUGACGAAUGCUGUCGGCUCCGCCCUGGGCAUCGCUGUCUCGCCGACAAGCGUGCAUCCCAAACUCGUGUGGACGUUCUCGGGAUUGAGCAUUGCAACUGCCGUCGCAGGCAUCGCGUUCUGGGUACUUUUCAGACGCUAUAAUGAUACCGAGGAGGAGAUGAAUGCUGCUGGGCGGGAGAAACAGCAAGAGGCGCUCAGGAGUGUGGCUGGGGAAAUGGAGGAGGGAGGGGCGGUGUAGAUUCGAGUCUGAUGUGUAUUCAGGAAAUAUCACUUGAUUUGUUUGUAAAUAAUUGGGUUAAUUUUUCUACUAUAUUCCUGUGAGCCUGGUUGCUGUGGUGCUCCAGAUGACUCUUGGUGCCCAGCUUGCGGACUGGCCAUGAGUCCCUGAUCAGUGUUGCCCUAUCAUAAGUCAUGAAUAUUAGGCUACUCAUGGCA